AUGGCAACUGAUCCAAAACCAGAAGAGAUAAGUCACCCUCCAAUGGACCAACUUCAAGGCUUAGAGUAUUGUAUUGAUUCCAAUCCAUCUUGGGGAGAGGCUAUAGCAUUGGGUUUUCAGCAUUAUAUUUUGGCUUUAGGAACUGCUGUUAUGAUCCCUUCAUUUCUUGUUCCUUUGAUGGGUGGUAAUUAUGGUGAUAAAGUAAGGGUCGUACAGACUCUACUUUUUGUUGAAGGGCUCAACACACUUCUGCAAACACUGUUUGGGACGCGUUUACCGACCGUAAUUGGAGGGUCUUAUGCAUUCAUGGUCCCCAUUAUGUCCAUAAUUCAUGACCCUUCUUUGAUGGCCAUUCCUGAUGAUCACUUGAGAUUUCUUAGCACAAUGAGAGCAGUCCAAGGUGCUCUAAUAGUAUCAUCAAGCAUACAAAUAAUUCUGGGGUACAGUCAAUUGUGGGCCAUUUGUUCCAGAUUCUUCAGUCCACUUGGAAUGGUUCCAGUCAUUGCAUUAGUAGGUUUUGGUCUGUUUGAUAGAGGCUUCCCUGUGGCUGGACGGUGUGUAGAAAUUGGCAUUCCCAUGCUUAUCCUAUUCAUAAUCUGCUCCCAGUACUUGAAAGGUUUUCAGACAAAACAACUGCCAAUACUGGAGCGGUUUGCUCUCCUUAUAUCAAUCACAGUGAUAUGGGCAUAUGCACACCUUCUGACAGCUAGUGGUGCAUAUAAACAUCGCCCAGAAAUGACGCAAAUUAACUGUCGAACUGAUAAAGCCUACCUCAUUUCUUCUGCUCCAUGGAUAAAGAUCCCAUAUCCUCUUCAGUGGGGUGCUCCCACCUUUGAUGCCGGUCAUUGUUUCGGAAUGAUGGCUGCUGUUUUUGUCUCAAUGAUUGAGUCAACUGGAGCGUACAAAGCUGCAUCACGUCUAGCGAGCGCCACCCCACCUCCAGCUCAUGUUCUUAGCCGUGGUAUUGGAUGGCAGGGCAUUGGGAUCCUAUUGGAUGGACUAUUUGGAACAUUGACUGGCUCGACGGUCUCUGUAGAAAACAUUGGGCUGCUUGGAAGCACUCGUGUUGGAAGCCGCAGGGUUAUUCAAAUUUCAGCUGGUUUUAUGAUAUUCUUCUCUAUUUUAGGAAAAUUUGGAGCUUUAUUUGCGUCAAUACCCUUCCCUAUUUUUGCUGCUGUCUAUUGUGUGUUGUUCGGUCUUGUUGCUUCCGUGGGGUUGUCAUUCUUGCAAUUCACAAACAUGAACUCGAUGAGAAACCUUUUCAUCACCGGAGUUGCCUUCUUCCUUGGUUUGUCUGUCCCAGAAUACUUCAGAGAAUACACUGCCAAGGCCUAUCAUGGUCCUGCUCAUACCAGAGCUGGAUGGUUUAACGAUUUCAUCAACACUAUCUUCUUCUCAUCCCCAACCGUUGCAUUGAUAGUGGCUGUUUUCUUAGACAACACACUUGACUACAAGGACAGUGCCAGAGACAGAGGAAUGCCAUGGUGGGUUAAGUUUCGGACAUUUAAAGGAGACAGCAGGAAUGAGGAGUUCUACACCCUUCCUUUCAACCUUAAUCGUUUCUUCCCUCCAUCUUGA